AAGAAGCAACAACUACAUCGCACGCAAGCGGAUGGCUUUUUACGCCUUCAACUGUCCGGGCCGCAUGGGAUGCAGAGUAGGUCUACACCCGCGCGCUAUCGCGCGCUACAAAGUAUCAGUCGCAGCACACUCAUUUGAUGCUAGGCUAUUUGAUACUGCUAAGAAGAACACAUUCCACGUCCAUGGCGACUUCACAGGCGCCCAAGGCCGGGCUUGACAUAGCGCAAUAACCCGGCCAGAUAGCUCAUAUAUCUCUAGCUAGAUUAAUAGCUUUCGUGAACAGUCUAGGUACUGAAACCGCCCCACGAGCGGCGCCCCAGGACUGGUGCGGCAGCAGUGAGCGGGAGGUGGAGCUAAGCUCACGCACGGCCGCGCCGACCGCACGGCGGCUCUAAAACGGGGCCAAUAGUGCUUGUGCAGUUUUAAAGCACCCUGGAAUGCUCACGGGCUCUCUUUCGGCUUCGAGCUGGAGAGACUGCGAAGGCGCGCCGAUGACCGGAACUCCGUCGCAUUUAGGCGUGCAGGGGCUCGGUCACCACGGAGCAACGCUCUCUAGCGAGACUCUAGCCUCAAUGUAUGAACCCUCAACGGACCGCUCACGAGGCGUCGGCUCUGAGGCCGGCAGCCUGCAGCAGCAGUCCAGCAUGAUGAAGAACGCAUCAGAUCCCAGCCUGAGGUCGACCAGCUCCAGUUUUGCGGACCUGGCGGAGACGGCCGCGUUUGGCAGGCACCAGUUCCAGCGUCACGAGGAGCAGGAUAUCUUCAGCGCGGUGGGCGGUAUGGAGCUCGGCGUGGACGCGGACCUGGACUCGCUGGGGGCGGACAUCGCAUCCACCAGCGGCCACGAGCCGCACUCGGAGCCCUCUCGCACGCUGUUCGUGCGGCACAUCAACCCCACGGCCUCGGACGAGGAGCUGCUGGCCAUGUUCAAGGUGUUUGGCGACGUGCGGCACAUGUACAUGGUCAGCAAGCACCGCGGCUUCAUCAUGGUCACCUAUUUUGACCUGCGCGCGGCGGCGCGGGCCCAGGCGGCGUUGCACGGCGCGCCCAUCACGUCGUUGCCGCUCGACAUCCACUUCUGCGCGCCCAAGGGCGACCCCACCGUCAGCCAGGGCACCGUGUCCCUGUUCAACCUGGACCCCGACACCUCGAAUGACCAUCUCGUCUGGCUGUUCUCCAAGUUCGGCGACGUCAAGGACAUCCGCGAGUCGCCCGAUCGCCGCAGCCAGAAGUUCAUCACCUUUUACGACACCCGCCACGCGCUGGCGGCUCUGCGUGCCAUGAAUAAGGCCGAGCACCUGGGCAAGCUGCCCUCCAACAUCACGCCGCAGCUGGCGGCCUCGCUCUCGCAAAUGACCAUGCACGACACGUCCGCGGGCGGAGAGGCGGCGCAGCUGGCGGCCAGCAAAAGCCACCCCUCGCGCGCCUCCUCGCAGCCCGGGACCACGUCACCGAGCCCCCUGCCGGGCACCUCCCCGGCAGGGCCCCCCUUCAUGUCCGCCCAGGCCCGCACAGACAUGCAUCAGCUUGGACCCCAGGUGUCCCCGCAGGUGGCUGCGGGCUUGCGCAGCGGCAUGCACGUGUCCGACUCGGCCUCCAGCAUGUCGGGCUCCGUAAGUGGCCAGGCCGCCGCCACCAGCCAGCUGCUGGCGGCGGCCGCCGCCGCCGCGGGCCGCAGCCCGCUGGGCAUGCAGGGGCCACACGGCCUGCAUGGUCCGCAUGGGCCGCACGGCCACGCGCACGCGCACAUGCACAAGGUCGUGCCAUCGCUGGCCACGCUCUCGGAGGCGCAAGCGCUGGAUGACCCCACUGCGGGACUGUACGCCGCCGCUGCAGCGGCCGCAGCCGCCGGCAGCAUGGGGUCGAUGCUCACGGGCAGCGGCGCUGGCAGCGGCGUGGGGCUGGACCAGUCCAGCGGCGGCAGCUCCGCCGCGGACGUCAACGCCACCGCCAACAUGCUCAUGGGGCUGCAGCUGAGCGCGGCGGCGGCGGGGCAGGUGUCAGCGUCACCGGAGCAGCAGCUGUGGGCGCUGCAGCAGAUGGCGGCGAGCGGCGGCGCGGGACAGGGCCAGGGUCCGAUGUGGGGCGCCGGCGGCGCGAUGUACAACCAGCAGGCGGCGCACGGCGCAGCGGCGGCAGCCGCGGCGGCCGCGAACCUGCAGGCGCUGCGCAACCUGCAGGAGCUGCAGGCGCGGCAGCAGCAACAGCAGCAGCAGCAGCAGCAGCAGCUGGCCAUGGCGGCCAACCUGGCCACGCUGCAGGGCCAGGCGCUGUCCGCGGCGGAGCUCAACGCCGCGGCGGCGCAGCUGCUGCACAUCGCCGGCCUGGGCCAGGCCCUGGGCCCCGCCGGCGGCGCGGGUGCGCCCUUUGGCGGCGCCGGCGGCCUGGGUGCGCUGGGUGCGCUCGGCGGCCUCGGCGCUGGCGGCGCCGGUGGGCUGGGCGCGAACGCCGCUGCUGCGCAGCAGCUGCUGCAGCAGGCGAUGGCCAUGGGCAACGUCAACGCGCUCAGCGCGCUCGGCAACAUGCAGGCCGCCGCGCUGGCUGCCGGCGUGGGCGCGGGCGGCCGGCUCGGCGGCUCGUUCGGCGCGCUGGCGGGCCUGGCGGGCGUGCAUGGCCACCCGGGCGGCCCGGGCGCUGCCGGCCGCGACGCCGCUGCCAACAGCCGCGGCGGCGGCCGGCUGAGCCGGCGCACCACAGACCCGGCCGCGGAGAUGGAGCGGAAGAUGCAGCAGGAGAAGCUGUACGCGCUGGAUGCUGUCAAGAUCCGCAGCGGCGAGGACAAGCGCACCACACUCAUGAUCAAGAACAUCCCCAACAAGUACACGCAGAAGAUGCUGCUGGCCACCAUUGACGAGCAGUUCCGCGGCACGUACGACUUCUUCUACCUGCCCAUCGACUUCAAGAACAAGUGCAACGUGGGCUACGCCUUCAUCAACAUGAUCAACCCCUUCGACAUCAUCGCGCUCGUCGAGCGCUUCAACAACCGCCGCUGGGAGCGCUUCAACAGCGAGAAGGUGUGCUCCAUCAGCUACGCGCGCAUCCAGGGCCGCGCCGCGCUGGUGGCGCACUUCCAGAACUCCAGCCUCAUGCACGAGGACAAGCGCUGCCGGCCCAUCCUCUUCACCGCCAACGGCACGGAGACCACCGACCCCGAGGCCUUCCAGAACGACCCCUCGCUGCAGCCGCCACACCACGGGAUGGGCGGCCCCGGCGGCCCCGGCGGCAGCUCCUCCUCGCUGCCGCACCACAAUGCCGGCGGCAUGGCCGGCUCCAGCCUGUCUGGCGCCGGCGGGUCCUCCGCCUCGCUGGGCUCUAUGCACUCGGCCGCAGCCGGGGCGACCUCGCCGCCCACGGGCGGCGCAGGCACCAGCCUCGGCGGCAUGUCGGCUUCUUCGGCGGCGGCAGCGAUGGCGGGUCCGGCCAGGAUCCGCGCCGCCGCCGCAGCUGUGGCCGCCGCCGGCGCGUCGGGCGGCAUGCUGGUCGGAAUGGGCGGCCACGGCGGUGGCCAUGGACACGCCAACUUGGGCGGCAGCAGCCAGGGUCAGCUGAAUUUGGACAUGCUGUCGGGCAUGGCGCAUCACGGAGCGCACGGUGGCACCGGCGGCGGCAGCUAGCGCACGCAGGCGCGCCCGCUUGGGCGCGUCAGUGGCCGGGGAUAGCGGGGAGUUUGGCAGGAGGUUUUACGUCGUAGCGAGGUUUGGUAGGAGCGCGGCACGUUUUUGGGGUGUCAUUGUAGGCAGGUGUUCGCGCAUGGCACUGACUUGCCAGUGUUUGUGGAACGGCGCGCGUGCACGUACGUGGGGACCCGCAAUAACUGUCCAGUCGUGUUCACUAGGGGCCGCCAUUCCUCUAUACUCAUGACAUGCCGCACGGUGUGCGCGCGUACCCACAACAGCUCGUGCCGCCGUAGUUCUGUGGUCAGACAUGCUAGGCUGGCCGUUGUCUGCAGACGUGCUGCGGACAGCUCUGCGAGCGGGUUCCCACCUCUGUACCCUCAUACAUUUCUUUGAGUUUUCAUCGGCCACGGGGUUCGGCGUCGAGGCCGCGAGGUAGCACCGCCGCCGGCAGGCAGCCCUACGCCUGCCGUGGAAGGGAUGCAGCCCGCUGUGAGCCCUGGCUGUCGCCGCGUGCUCGUGUGUUCGUCGCUGGCCAGUGUGUGGUUGAUUGCUGUCGAUGGUACGUACUAACACAAAAAGAGCCGAGUGCGCUGCGAUUUGGAUUACUUUGGAUGCAGGCGCCGUUUGUAUGGUGCCGGCUUGGAGUACUUGUUUGUGAUGGACGGGUUUCGCGCCAGCUGUACAAUACCGAGGUGUCCCGGGCUACCCGGUGAGCGUGUUGUCCUCGGGCCUCGAGACCCAGAGCUGCCCGAGGCGCCGCACCCGAGGCCCCCUGGUGCAGGGUUGAUGGUGGAGGACGACAUUUGGUGUGUGCACUUUAACGUGCCGUGGGUUUGCUGCUUUACUGUUUUUUGGUGUGCGGCCUGUGGGUGCGAGAGAGUCGGUGUCACGCAAGGACACAGUUUGACAUGUGCGCUGAAAAGAGUUGAUUAGGAUUGCGCGGUGCAAAUCUUUCAGGGGCUGGGAAAGAGGGAUGCAGGUCGUUUGGAGGAGUUUCGCGAGUUUCGCGCCCGAAACGCUCGGGUUGGGAGGAGGCUGCUUCCUGCCAUGAGCUCCAGUGAAAGCGAGGCGCUUUGGUUUCGCAACGGAAUGCCGUGCAGGGCCUUUUUCCUACGCCACCGCCAUCAUGCGGGUAGCUAGUGCUUCAGUGUUUGGCGCUUGAAGUGAGUCAGUGUGUGCGCUCAGUGAGCGCUAUAUCCCGCCGCUUUCGAAGUACAUACGUCGAGGGCUGCGGGUCUGGAGGAGUGUGUAAAUGUGCGCGAGGUUCAGAUUGGCUUGGGAGUCGACUAGAUACAUGGCGGUUGCGUUUGAUGUGAUGUACAGGCACGGGAUACGGCGCGAUGCGGCGGCAGGUCGACACAAGGCUCGCUUGCUGUGGUGGGUUGGAAGCAUGUGCGUCGGUCACGAAGACGUUCUGAGAUAAACACAAUGGGGAUGUGGGCUUGGACAGGGGUAUCGUCAAGGUGGAGAACGCCAAUAGUGGAGUGAGGCGCUGCAAGGGACAGGCGAGGAGAGGAGAGAGAGCAGAGGGAGGUCGCAUGGCGUUUGCGGAUGUAUGAGACAGGAGGUGCGCAAGGCGAGACGCACAGAGCAGGCGGCGGUCAUAAACGGUUCUCACGGCAGAGGCAUGCAGGCGCAACGGAUGCGGUGCCAUGGAAGGCGGCACUCGCAGUAGCGCGAAGUAGCAGCGGCAGCGCGAUUGCUGCACGGAAUCAUGGGGGGGUAGUCUCGAGGGUUUGGAUCGCCCAGAGUGAAGUUUGUUGCAGGCGUGGUGUUUCCGCAAGUCGACUAAUCAUCCAAAGUACCAUUGGUGCACGAGGGAGUGGUGCUGUCGGUUGGGGAGUAGGUCGUGAGGGUUUGGGUAGGCGAGUGGCGGGCGCGGCACGCAGACCAGCUUGCACGGCUGGCAGCACGACAUCCGGUUGGGCCCCUUGAGCCCCCGCAUGCGCCGCGGCACGCCCGCAACCUGAGCGCCGUGGCCUGGCCGCCGCGCCUGAGGGCAGAUGAGUGACUUGGUUGGGAGCGGUCCGCGUGCAGUCCGCGCCAAGACUCGCCUUACCUAUUAUUUUCCAGUCUGCGUGUAUGCGUACGCCGCGUGUGCCGAUUCCUGUGGAUUCUGUUGUUUCUCGAAAACUGGUGGCUCCCCCAUGAGUACUCGCCCUAGUGGCGGGGUUUUCUACUAUAGUUUUGCCUUUUUUGGUUUGGUUGUGUGCCCCAUCCCGUGUCCAGAUCCUUAUCCGUUUUUUGGUAGAGCAGAACCGCGUUUUGAGUUUGAUGGUUGACGUCUACAAAGAGAUACUAUGCACGUGUUAUAUCCCGUAUUCUUUUCUUAACAUUAGAGAGGUAGAGGCUGAGGCGGUGAGCAGGUGCGCCGCCCGUUUGCGCCGGCAUUUGCGCAGGGUUGGCUCGCACCCGAGAGAGCGCUGCGCACCGCACGCGCCUGCCGAGAGGCCAGAUCGGUACACACGCAGCACCUAUGGUCACCUGUAACGGACCGGUGUG